AUGGCAGCUUCCACCCUGAUGCUCCUGGCACUGGCGCUGCCCACGGCGGCCUGGCCCGGCCUGGGGCUGCCCAGAAGGCCCUGUGUGCACUGCUGCCGCCCAGCCUGGCCCCCGGCCUCCCCCGGCCCAUACGCCCACGUGAGUGCCAGGGACCCGUGGUGGGGGCUGCCCCGGGUGCGGCCCACCAUAGACAUCUCCAUCCUCAAAGGUGAGAAGGGCGAGGCAGGGGUCAGAGGUCGCUCCGGCAGGAGUGGGGAGGAGGGUCCGCCGGGCUUCCGGGGCCCGCAGGGCCGCAAAGGCCAGAAGGGGCAGGCGGGGCCGCCGGGCGCCCCGUGCCAGCGCGCCUACGCGGCCUUCUCGGUGGGCCGGCGCGAGGGGCUGCACAGCGGCGAGGACCUGCAGGCCGUGCCCUUCGACACGGAGCUGGUGAACCUGGACGGCGCCUUCGACCUGGCCUCGGGCCGCUUCCGCUGCGCGGUGCCCGGCGUCUACUUCCUGAGCCUGAACGUGCACACCUGGAACCACAAGGAGACCUACCUGCACGUCAUGCUGAACCGCCGGCCCACCGCCGUGCUGUACGCGCAGCCCAGCGAGCGCAGCGUCAUGCAGGCCCAGAGCCUGCUGCUGCCGCUGGCCGCCGGCGACACCGUCUGGGUGCGCAUGUUCCGGCGCGACCGGGACAACGCCAUCUACGGCGAGCGCGGGGACCUGUACAUCACCUUCAGCGGCCACCUGGUCAAGCCGGACGCAGAGCUCUAG